UAGGCGGAUGCUUGGCUGCAGGCGGGUUGGUAUGCGUCUGUUUCUGCAGCGACUGAUCUCGUAAAGUUGAUAUUCCACCGACCUGCUGACUUCUCGAGUGGGCGCUUCUAUGAUGGUUCCUGCCAGUGCAGAUAAAGAGAAUUGCGAGUGUCCAUUCAGCCUAGAAAAGAAGACCUAUGAACAUAGGAUGCUGCCACCAAAUCUACCUCCUGAAUUUGUCUCACUCACCAAUGAGCAGUGCACUUCCGAAUUGGAGCAGAAUGUCUGGAGACUGUUGAAAAACUCUGAAGAACACAAUUGACACAUGAUGACCUAACAGGGAUUUUUUUUUUUAAGCCUGCCAAGAUACAUAUUAGAGAAUGUGUCAGUGUUGGUUGUGAAUGCUGCAGAUAACUGCAAGCAGACUUUAUCUUUUUCUUUCUGAAGAAUUGGUGUGACUUUCUAGCCAGACAGAGUUUUCCAUUGUGCUCCUGAAGAUAUUAAUGGAAUACAGACAUGGCCACUCCAGACGAGAGGCGGGUCAAUACAGAGUACGCUGUGUCUCUGCUGGAACAGUUGAGACUGUUUUAUGAGCAGCGGUUGUUCACAGACAUAGUGUUGAUUGUCGAGGGCACAGAGUUCCCUUGUCAUAAGAUGGUUCUUGCAACCUGUAGCUCCUACUUCAGGGCCAUGUUCAUGAGUGGACUCAGUGAGAGCAAGCAGACACAUGUGCACCUGAGGAAUGUGGAUGCCGCCACCCUCCAGAUCAUAAUCACUUAUGCCUACACGGGGAACCUGGCGCUCAGUGACAACACGGUGGAGCAGCUGUAUGAGACAGCCUGUUUCCUACAGGUAGAAGAUGUGCUGCACCGUUGUCGAGAGUAUUUAAUUAAAAAAAUAAACGCAGAGAACUGUGUGAGAUUGUUGAGUUUUGCUGACCUCUUUAGUUGUGAGGAACUAAAGCAGAGUGCUAAAAGGAUGGUGGAGCACAAGUUCACGGCUGUGUGUCACCAGGAAGCCUUCAUGCAGCUGUCCCAUGACCUGCUAAUAGACAUUCUUAGCAGUGACAAUUUAAAUGUAGAGAAGGAAGAGACCGUUCGAGAAGCUGCUAUGCUUUGGCUGGAGUACAACACAGAGUCACGGUCCCAAUACCUAUCUUCAGUCCUUAGCCAGAUCCGAAUUGAUGCACUUUCAGAAGUGACCCAGCGAGCCUGGUUUCAAGGCCUACCACCCAAUGAUAAGUCUGUGGUGGUCCAAGGUCUUUAUAAGUCCAUGCCUAAGUUUUUCAAACCACGUCUUGGGAUGACUAAAGAAGAGAUGAUGAUCUUCAUUGAAGCUUCUUCAGAAAACCCUUGUAGUCUUUACUCUUCGGUCUGUUACAGCCCACAGGCAGAAAAAGUUUACAAGCUGUGCAGCCCACCUGCAGAUUUGCAUAAGGUUGGGACUGUGGUCACCCCUGAUAAUGACAUCUAUAUAGCAGGGGGCCAGGUUCCUCUGAAAAACACAAAGAGCAAUCACAGCAAGACAAGUAAACUACAGACUGCCUUUAGAACUGUGAACUGCUUCUACUGGUUUGAUGCACAGCAAAACACCUGGUUCCCAAAGACCCCAAUGCUUACUGUCCGUGUGAAGCCGUCUUUGGUUUGCUGUGAAGGCUACAUCUAUGCGAUUGGGGGUGACAGUGUGGGGGGAGAACUUAAUCGGAGGACCGUAGAAAGAUAUGACACUGAAAAAGACGAGUGGACGAUGGUAAGCCCUCUACCUUGUGCAUGGCAGUGGAGUGCAGCAGUGGUGGUCCAUGACUGCAUUUAUGUGAUGACAUUGAACCUCAUGUACUGCUACUUCCCCAGGUCUGACUCCUGGGUGGAGAUGGCCAUGAGGCAGACAAGCAGAUCCUUUGCCUCAGCUGCAGCUUUUGGUGAUAAGAUUUUCUACAUUGGAGGGUUGCACAUUGCUACAAAUUCUGGUCUAAGACUCCCCUCUGGCACUGUAGAUGGAUCUUCAGUGACUGUAGAGAUUUAUGAUGUGAACAAAAACGAAUGGAAAAUGGCAGCCAACAUCCCUGCCAAGAGGUACUCGGACCCCUGUGUUCGAGCUGUUGUGAUCUCAAAUUCUCUCUGUGUGUUCAUGCGAGAAACCCACUUAAAUGAGCGAGCUAAAUAUGUCACCUACCAGUACGACCUGGAACUUGACCGCUGGUCUCUGCGCCAGCAUAUAUCAGAGCGCGUGCUUUGGGACUUAGGCAGAGAUUUUCGAUGCACUGUGGGAAAACUUUAUCCAUCCUGCCUUGAAGAAUCACCAUGGAAACCACCAACUUACCUUUUCUCGCCAGAUGGGACAGAGGAGUUUGAGCUGGACGGAGAGAUGGUUGCACUCCCUCCUGUAUAGUCAAGUUGGAGUAGUGCUGCUUGGUUCCGUUCCUUCACUAAGUGACAGGCUAGGAGAGGACCACAUGGGGAGUACAAAAAAUUCUAUCUUUGAUAAAU